AUGAGCCCUGUGAAGUCGGGCAUCCCCCGUCUCCAACACCCCUGGUUCCGCUCUCCCCCAGCCACUAACAGACGCUCAGGCGCCGUCACUCAGCGGCAGACACCCAUGUCCUUCACUCCUGCUUGCGCGCAGCAAGCCCUGUCCCUGCUCGUCCUAGAUGUCACUAACCUGGUGGAGCACACUGAGCACCUUCCAUCUUCUCCACAUACUCUCCGCUGCUCGACCAAGCCGGCCAUGUUCCUACAUAGUGAGAUCAUCCCAACACCUGUUGUUACUUUACCGGCCACAAAGCAUCCUGUUCCCGUGUCACGGCAUGCAAUACUACGGGAUAUGCCAAUGAUCGCUCUUCAGCAACUACAAUCCCUACUCGAAUCUUUGCUCAGCUACCUGGACCAUCCACCACUCAUUCUGAUUCGCAACCACCGUUUGUCUCACUUCGGUCUGUGCAGUUCGCCAACCUUCACUCGACCCUAA